CGCCCCGCCCCGCCCCGCUCCGCCCCGCGGGGACCCAGUCCUCCUCACCCCAUAGGCAGAGCGACCCUCCCGCCUCCCCGUCCGCUUCUUAAUUACCCUCGCCUCGUUCACUUUCAAAGUUUACUCCCGGCCCGGACCCGCGGCGGAAGCGAGCCAUGGCUGUCUACCUCGGGAUGCUGCGCUUCGGGAGGCUGUGUAUCGCGAGCCUGGGGGCGCGGGGCCCCCGGACGCUGCUCUCUCGCCCUCGGCCGAACUCGAAGUUGCAGGGUGUCCGUGCUCUCAGUUCUGGAAUGGUGAACUGCACCAACCCCUUGCCCAUCGGAGGCCUCAGCUACAUUCAGGGCCACACCGACUCCCAUCUUGUGAACACAACUGUGGGUGAGUGCCUCGACGCCACAGCGCAGAGGUUCCCCGACAGAGAGGCUUUGGUUAUCCUCCAUGAAAACAUCAGGCUGAACUUUGCGCAGCUCAAGGAGGAGGUGGACAAAGCUGCUUCUGGUCUUCUGAGUAUUGGCUUCCGCAAGGGUGACCGGCUGGGCAUGUGGGGACCCAACUCCUAUGCCUGGGUACUUAUUCAGCUGGCUACUGCCCAGGCAGGCAUCAUCCUGGUGUCUGUGAACCCAGCCUACCAGUCCUCAGAACUGGAAUAUGUCCUCAGAAAGGUAGGCUGCAAAGGUAUUGUGUUCCCUAAACAAUUCAAGACCCAGCAGUACUAUGACAUCCUGAAGCAGGUCUGUCCUGAGCUGGAAAAGGCUCAGCCAGGGGCCUUGAAGAGUGAGAGACUCCCAGACCUGACUACAGUCAUCUCGGUGGAUGCCCCUCUGCCGGGGACCCUGCUCCUGGAUGACAUUGUGGCAGCCGGUGGCAAGGAACAGAACCUAGCCCAGCUGCGAUACAACCAGCGGUUCUUGUCCUGCUACGACCCCAUCAACAUCCAGUUCACCUCGGGGACAACUGGAAACCCCAAGGGGGCCACUCUUUCCCACCACAACAUCGUAAACAACUCCAUGCUGAUAGGCCAGCGUCUGAAGAUGCCCACAAAGACUGCAGAGGAGUUGCGCGUGGUCCUGCCCAGUCCCCUGUACCACUGCCUGGGCUCCGUGGGGGGCACAAUGGUGUCUAUGAUGCAUGGUGCCACCCUCCUCCUGUCUUCUCCAAGCUUCAAUGGCAAGAAGGCAUUGGAAGCCAUCAGCAGAGAGAAAGGCACCCUCCUGUAUGGCACACCCACGAUGUUUGUGGAUAUUCUGAAUCAGCCAGACUUCUCCAGUUAUGAUUUCACAAGCAUUCGUGGAGGUGUGAUUGCUGGGUCCCCAGCACCCCCGGAAUUGAUUCGAGCCAUCAUCAACAAGAUGAACAUGAAGGAGCUGGUGGUUGUUUAUGGAACCACAGAGAACAGUCCCGUGACCUUCAUGAACUUUCCCGAGGACACCCUGGAGCAGAAGGCUGGAAGUGUGGGCAGAAUUAUGCCUCACACGGAGGUGAGCCCCCGACGGAUGCCCUCAGAGCCCACCUCCCACCGCGUGAGGACAGUUAGGGCUUUCCAUCAGACAUCUAAACAAGACAUUGCUUCGAUGGAUGAACAGGGCUUCUGCAAGAUCGUCGGCCGAUCGAAGGAUAUGAUCAUCCGUGGUGGCGAGAACAUCUACCCUGCAGAGCUAGAGGACUUCUUCCUCAAGCACCCACAGGUGCAGGAAGCGCAGGUGGUUGGGGUGAAGGACAAGCGGAUGGGGGAGGAAAUCUGUGCUUGCAUUCGGCUGAAGAGCGGAGAGACCACCACAGCAGAGGAGAUCAAAGCUUUCUGCAAAGGGAAGAUUUCCCACUUUAAGAUUCCCCGAUACAUCGUGUUUGUUAAAGACUAUCCUCUCACCAUCUCAGGAAAGAUCCAGAAAUUCAAACUCCGAGAGCAGAUGGAACAGCAUCUAAAACUGUGAAGCAAAGGAGGGUCCUCCCAGCCCUCCCAGGGCCCCUCAGCCCUCCCACACAAAGGAGAGUCCUCCCAGCCCUCCCAGAGCCCCUCAGCCCUCCCACACAAAGGAGGGUCCUCCCAGCCCUCCCAGAGCCCCUCAGUCCUCCCACACAAAGGAGGCUCCUUCCCAGAGCCCCUCAGUCCUCCCACACAAAGAAGGGUCCUCACAGCCCUCCCAGAGCCCCUCAGCCCUCCCACAAAAAAGGAGGGUCCUCCCUAGAGCCCCUCAAUCCUCCCACAAAAAAGGAGGGUCCUCACAGCCCUCCCAGAGCCCCUCAGCCCUCCCACACAAAGGAGGGUCCUCACAGCCCUCCCANAGCCCCUCAGCCCUCCCACACAAAGGAGGGUCCUCACAGCCCUCCCACACAAAGGAGGGUCCUCACAGCCCUCCCAGAGCCCCUCAGCCCUCCCAUAAAAAAGGAGGGUCCUCCCUAGAGCCCCUCAGCCCUCCCACAAAAAGGAGGCUCCUCCCAGCCCUCCCAGAGCCCCUCAGCCCUCCCCCACAAAGGAGGCUCCUUCCCAGAGCCCCUCAGUCCUCCCACACAAAGGAGGGUCCUCAGCCCUCCCAGAGACCCUCAGUCCUCCCACACAAAGGAGGGUCCUCACAGCCCUCCCAGAGCCCCUCAGCCCUCCCACAAAAAGGGAGGGUCCUCCCUAGAGCCCCUCAGUCCUCCCACACAAAGGAGGGUCCUCACAGCCCUCCCAGAGCCCCUCAACCCUCCCACACAAAGGAGGGUCCUCCCAGCCCUCCCAGAGCCCCUCAGCCCUCCCACACAAAGGAGGGUCCUCACAGCCCUCCCAGAGACCCUCAGCUCUCCCACACAAAGGAGGGUCCUCCAGAGCCCUGACUCAGCCCUCCCACACAAAGGAGGGUCCUCCCAGCCCUCCCAGAGCCCCUCAGCCCUCCCACACAAAGGAGGGUCCUCCCAGCCCUCCCAGAGCCACUCAGUCCUUCCACACAAAGGAGGCUCCUGAGCCCUCCUCAGGCCCCUUGUCAUCUUUGUGACUUGGUGUAAAGACGUCCCUGUUUGGCCAGUGUCUGGCUGGUGUGCUCCUCUGUAGCUCCUGUGUGAUGGAGAAGGGAAGAGACAGGAGGGCAGCCAGCGCCCUCAGACCUAAUCUCCCAGCACUUUGCUGUCUGUGCGUUAGUUACUUAAUCUAAGCCCCACUCAGUCCUCUUGAAAUUCCAAGCCACCCUCAUUUUUUCUUUAUUUUUGGUUUUUUGUUUUGUUUUUGUUUGUUUGGUUUUUUGUUUUGUUUUGUUGUUUUCCCUUGAGACAGGAUCGUCCUCUGUACCCCUGGUUGCACAGGGUAGAUCAGGCUGGUUUCGAACUUACAGAGAUCUCAUUGCCCCUGCCUCCGGGGUGCUGGAUCAGUCUUUUGUGCUACCAUGCCUGGUUUUUGUAUGAUUUAUUCAUUUAAUCAUUUUUCAAAUUGUGGCCACAGAUCAGUCCAGAAAUGAGGGUUCUGUUUUGCUUGUUUUCCAAGGCUGGGAACCUUAAAGCCCCUCACGAAUACAUAAGCACCCUUCCCUGGCCUGCACUCCCGGCCCAAUAAUUAUUGUUUUGUUGUUGAAAUAACAGUUUUGAGUGCUGGAGAGGGGACUCAGUGGUUAAGAGGACUGACUGCUCUCCCAGAAGAUCCGAGUUUGACUCCUAGCACCCACAUUUGGCAGCUCACAACUACCUUUAAGUCCACCUACAGAGGGUGGAUGAUCUCUUCUGGCCUCUGUCCCCCCUGCCCCCUAGCAUGUGGUAUGUGCUUACAUAGACACAUGCAAAUAAAUCAAAACAAAUCCGUAAA